AUGUCUAGAAAUCGUAUUACAGCAGGUCCCAAGUCAAUUGUAUGUCAAGAAACAGAACUUAAAGGCGAGAUUUCAAUAGGCUCAGGCACUGUAUUACACCCUCAAUGUCGCAUUAUUGCCGAGAGUGGACCUAUCUAUAUAGGCAAAAACAACAUUAUUGAAGAGAAUGUGGUCAUCUUUAACAAAAACUCAACUCCACUUGUGAUUGGCGAUGAUAAUGAGUUUGAGGUUGGAUGUCAUGUAGAAGGAACACGCAUCGGCAACAACAAUGUGGUAGAAGCAAGAGCACGUAUUCUAGGCAGUACAGCCAUUGGAAAUUACUGUGUGAUUGGUGCUGCCUGUGCCACAGAAAGCAACGAAACCAUUCCUGAUCUCACUGUGAUUUAUGGACUUGAAUCCAAAAGAAGAACUCAAAGUGAACCUUUACCUACACAAGCUACACUGCAUACCCGGCAUCUAGACUAUCUUCGUGAAGUCUUGCCAAAAUACAAUCAUUUGAAAAAGUUAGAAGCAUCCUAA